AUGCUGCCAUGGGCAGGGGUGCUGGGCUUCCUUCUGCUGCUCAUCCUCCUGCGUGUGCGGGUUUGGGUUCAGAAAGCAAAAGUUCCCAGCAGCUCUGGGGCCCAGCUGGUCUGCAAGCCCUCUGCGCUGGCUGCCUACCUGGAGAGCCAGUGCCAGGCCUUGAAAGGCCGAUGCGAAGCCAGCUGGCCAUGGAGGGCUCUCCCCUCCCUGCAGACACUGGCCAGCCUGAUGGGGCCCCUGGACAGCAGGGUGCAUUUCGUAAGGACCUAUCUGCAGCUGAGUGAUGAGGGGCUGGUGGCUCUGGACUGGGCAGUGGGGCCAGCACAGCAGGAGAGGAGGCAGACAUCCAGCCCCUGCAGCGCACCUGUCCUGCUGCUUGUCCCCAGCUCCUUUGGGAAGGUCACCCGCAACAUCAGCAAGCUAUGUCACGUGGCACUCCUUCAUGGCUACCAUCCUGUUGUCUUUAACCGCCGUGGUCAGAAUGGCUGCCCCCUAAGCACCACCACACUGCAGCCAUAUGGGGAUCCUGCUGACCUGCGAGAAGCCAUCCAGUACAUCCGCUCCCGGUGCCCAGGGGCCCUGCUCUUUGCAGUGGGGGAGAGCACUGGGGCAGGGCUCCUGUUCUCCUACCUGGGAGAAUGUGGUUCCUCUAGCCUCCUGACAGCUGCUGGCUGCAUCUCCCCCAUCUUUGACCCUCGGGGAUGGUUUGAAGAUGGGUGCCCCCGGCUGUGGCAGCAACUCUUGCUCAUGUCCCAGAAGGUGUGGCUCAGCCGGUUUGCCACGGUGCUAGGGGAGGUUUUGCCCCUGGAUCGUUUCUUUGGGGGCCAGUCACUGAGGGAGCUGGAGGAGGUCUUGUUCUGCCAGGCCCAGACCUGGGACUUGUACUGGGAGAGGAACGACCCGCUACGGGAUGUGGACGAGGUGUCAGUACCAGUGCUGUGCAUCUGCAGCCAGGACGACCCCAUGUGUGGGGCCCCCAAGGACACUCUGCCCUUUGAGCUGUUUGAGACAAACCCCUACUUCUUCCUAGUGCUCACCCAGGGAGGUGGACACUGUGGCUUCUUCAAGGAUUGCCUGUGUGGUGCCUUCUGGAGCCAUGAGGUGCUGCUGGAAUUCUUCCACACCACUGUGGAUUUCCUCCUCACAGAGGACAAACUGAAGGGCCAGGCCAAGAAGAGAGGGGCCAGGCCGGUGCCGAAGGUCACCCAGGGCAGAGGUGGCUGCAGGCAGGAGUCCUGCUGCCCCCACAAUAGACCUGACAUUUACCGCUGGCAGCGCUCCUACACCCGCUGACAGCUGGUCUUCACUCAGCAUCUGGAGGAUGAUCUGCUGACCUUUCCCAAGAGCCCCCGUGCACGCUUGGGACUGUGACUCUUUGUAACAAGAACGGGGCCAUACCUAGGGUGGUGCAGGACCCGGGCUGGAAGUGACAGGGUUUGUCUCUUCCAGGACCAACCAUGCCGGCCAAUCGCACUGGCCUGCGGGGCCUCCCAAAGCACAGGACCCGGAGUGGUCACCCCAAUGCGCCCUACUCAAGGGACGGUUCAGAACAAGAACAUAGCAUUUCCGUGAACAGAUCGUGUUAGAUGAUAACUGCAGCGUGACAGAGGUGCUGCGUCCUGGCUGGGUGUUGGCAUCUCAGGUGCUGCCCUGUCAGAAGUGGUGUUUGUGUCCCAGUGCCGCUGGCUUCUGGUUGUGGUAAUGUGAUGUGGUUUUGUGCCUUUGCUGACGGUUGCCAGGUACUGUGAUGUCCCAGUGCUAGAAGAUUGGGGCCCAGACAGGUGCUGUGCUGCAAUGGAGCAGAAGGGGAUGAAUGAUUCUUAUUUAUUUUGUAGCACCCAAAUUUGUGCUGGGUGCUUCAUGGAAGAUGGACAAAGACACAGGCCCUGCUGCAGUGAGCUUAUCUCUAGGUUUUACAUGUGUCCAAGCAAAUGGGGGUAGCUGAGAGUCGGGAGGGAGGCCAGGGGCUGCAGCAGAAUGAUCAGGGGUGACUCAGGGCAGCAUUUUGGGCGUGUUACUUUUCUCCAUAUAGCUAUAAAAAGAAGGAUGAUAAAGCUCUAAACCAGUAACUGGUGUAGAUUCCCUUUCUGAGGCUGGGACUGCUGUACGUAGCUUGGUGAUGCAGUGCUAGACACUCCUGGGUCCUCAUCUGUAAUGCACCCCUGGGGUGUGGUUGUGCCUCCUUGCCUGUGUGUGCAGGCUAACUGGCAUUCUUCAUUAAUGUUACAUGACAAGACUAAAGGAUGCUUGAAAUGUUAUUUUAAGCUCAAAG